AUGCGCCACCCCGCAGCCCCAACAGUCAUCGCAGUUCUUCUCGGUUUCCUCGUCUUUAUGAUCCUCUGGAGUCAGGCAAGAGGCGAUGGCCAUCAUGAGGGCAAUCCACACCCCGAUGAUAUACCGCCAAAGAUGAUCAAAGAUCCUCCUUCUAGUGAUGAAGAAGAGCGCUGA